AUGGCAUUUGAUCCUAUCGCCACACCCCUUUUAGAUCUUAUCUCGCUAGUGCUGUCUCUUUUCCUAAGCCCUUCACAAGCAGCUCUAGCUGUCAUCAAGAGCGUCUACAUCUACGCUGCAAUAAAGAUGGACUCUGUGAGGGCAGUUUCUUUCCCUCAAGACACAAGCAGGGCCGCCUCUGUACUCAGAAAUAGAGAAACAGAUGACAUUUACAAUGGUGACCUCUCGCUCAAGCAAGAGCCACUCUACAAAACUGUCAGGAUCUAUAUCUCCUCUGAACUUUCAGACUCCAUUGUCGAGAAAAGACAUUUGGCCGCUCAUGUGUACCCUCGAUUACGUCAGUUCUGCCAUUUUCUGGGACUGCAAUGCGUAGUUGUGGACCUGUUUCGAGAGGUACCGUCCACCAUGCCCCUCCCCACACCCCAGGCCCUUAGCGACAGCAUGGCCUACGAGCUGGAGACAAGAGGGUUACUGGAAAUGGCCAGAGACGAAAUCAAACUCUGUCAGGAAGUGUCAGUGGGUCCAACCUUUGUGACUCUGCUGGCUCAGAGGUACGGCCACAAGGCUCUCCACAAACAUAUUCCAGAGAGAGAUUUCAAAUUGUUGCUAGCAGCCAUUGACGAUCACAGCAUGAGACAGCUGGUGACUCAAUGGUACAGGCAAGACACAAACGCCCUCCCUCCACAGUAUGUCCUGCAGUCUCGUAGUGGAAUGUCUCAUGAGGAAUGGAAGUCCAUCCACCAGUCACUGUCCAGGACCACCAGGAAGGCAGCAAAGGUGGCUCUCGGUAAAGACAUCUCCAAAGCUCAACAUUAUACCAUGUCAGUGAUCGAAGAGGAGGUAUGCCUGGGAAUAUUCAACAUGACCAAGGAUCCAAACCAAUCCUGUCUGUGGCUCAAACGCACGUUCACAGAUCUCCAGGAGCAGCGGCCAUCAGGCGACCGGAUGUUGGCCGCCUACACUGACCUGGUGGAGGGGAAGAGAGGGGCGGAGUUUGAUCAAGAGACACUCAAGAUACUGAACCAUCUCAAGGAGGCCAGGAUGCCAGCCAAAUAUGUGGGACUUGAUUCUACCAACAUCUUUGAGUUCUCCCUGAAGUGGGCUAAGGGCAAGGGAGUGGACACAGAGACACACACUGACCAUCUCACCCAGCUCACAGAGCAGCUACUCACUGCCCUACAGUCUAUGGUUACCAGUGGUUUCACUGGACACCUGCAGAAUAGCGAUGGUGUGACCCACGAGAUUCUCUGCCAUGCCAGCUACUGCAAGAGGAAGAGUCUCGGGUUUAUGGAUCGACCACCUAUCACCUCCCGUAUUCUUGACUACCUUGGAGGUUUGUCGAUGACUCCUCUCGUCCUGCACGGGUGUGUGGGUAGUGGUAAGACUAGCCUGAUGGCGGGGGUAGCUUGCAUGCUGGGAACUGUUAGUUCCCUCAAGAGAGCAGCCAUCGUGUUGCGGUUCAUCAGAGCCACACCUAAUGCUCAAUGUGUGAGACAUCUUCUACUGGACAUCUGCAAACAACUUCGUGUUAUAUACAAGCAAGAGAUCGUUGAAUUGCCGAAUGGUUACAGACCACUUUGUGAGGCUUUGCGUCGAUUGUUAGCAUUUUCCUCGAGCGAUAAACCACUUAUUCUGCUAUUGGAUGGUGUGGAUGAGCUAUCACCAGAAGAUGGAGCUCUCGGGUUGUCAUGGCUACCACUACACCUACCAGAGCACGUCAAGAUUGUCCUGUCCACUUCCUCAGAAACAAAAUACAGCUGUUUUCCCGUACUGCAGAGCCUGCUAUCAACUCAUCAGGAGAACUUCAUUGAGGUAGCUGAGCUGAGUAGCUCUGAUUGUAAGCAGCUGUUGAAUCACUCGCUCAAAAUAAGGGGGAGGAUGCUAACAGGAACUCAGGAAAAAGUGGUCCUUGAUGCUUUUCUAAAGUAUAGAAAUCCACUGUAUUUGCAGUUUCUUCUAAGAGAGGUCACCUUAUGGCAUUCCUACCAGUGGAACAGCAGUUGGACACCAAUCGCUGACUUGAGCGGAAUCACAAAGCAGUUUUUCAGUGAUGUGGAGGACAGGUUAGGGAGGGUGUUUACGAGGAGUGCACUCGGCUACAUCACGGCCUCAAGGGAUGGCCUCACUGAAAUGGAGCUCCUGGACGUGCUAUCAUGUGAUGAUGAGGUGAUGCAAGAGGUCAAUCAAAAGUGGCGCCCACUCCACACCCCCACUACUGACACCCACACACUAACAGCCAUCCCCCCGCUCCUCACGGCCAUGUUCCAUCGUGCCCUCAGGCCACUCCUCGACUACCACAGUGGGUGUGGGGGAUCACUAGUCUUGCGUUGGUCCCAUCACCACCUACACGAGGCUGCAGUCUCCGCCUACCUCUCCUACCCACCCACUGCUCAGGCUCGUUACAACACACUCGCCAACUACUUUGCAGGUGGGCUACUUCAGAGGACUGCUGACGAAACAGAUGGAGAGAAGCUUCAUUUUGAACAGCCGGUGGUUGUGAGUGAUGAGCUGGGUCUAUACAAUGUUCGUAAGCUCCACUUACUGCCACACCUCCUAAUGCUCGCCCGGAGACACUAUGAGCUGCAGCGACUGCUGGUUGACUACGAGUGGCUGAAGGCGAGUAUUGUCAGUAUCUCUGUCCUGGAUCUGGUGGCAGAGUUUGCAGCUGUGUUACCACUAGUGCCGUUAGCCAGGAGUGCUGGUGCUAGUGAUUCCCAGUAUGAGCUAGUACUGUUGAGGGAUGCCUUGAGCCAGUCAGUGGAGGCCCUGUGUCGUGACCAGCUCUGUCUAUCCUCACAGCUACUGGGACGACUACUGCCACACGUUAGAGGCUCAUCACCAUGGCAAUGGCCCAACCUAAAAGGGAUUUUGUUAAGAGCUUUUGAUGACUACUGUCCAGCCAUCACUCCCCUACACCCUCUCUACCACUUGCCUGGGGGGCCACUACUGGUCACCAUGGAGGGACACAGAGGAUUGAUAACUAGCCUAGCAUCCACUGUUGUACGUCGCUCGGCAGACAACAGUCUGUCAAUGAUUGUAAUCAGCUCCUCUGAGGACAAGACACUGAAGAGUUGGGAUGUAAAGAGCACCGGAGUGAUAAAGACGUUUGAUGGUCACACAGACAAAGUGCUGAGUGUAGCGCUCACCUUGAAUGGCCGAUAUGCAGCAUCUGGAUCCGCUGACAACACCGUCAGACAUUGGCUUGUGGCUACGGCUGAGUGCCUGUGUGUGUUGAGGGGUCACAGGGGAGCUGUGAGUGCCGUGGUUCUUACCAAUGAUGGGCAGAAAAUCAUAUCCGGGUCCUCAGACAAAACCAUCAAAAUCUGGAAUACUGAUAUUGAGAGCAACACGUAUGGUCAGGUGAUCUUCACGCUCACCUCUGAGACACUUUCUCCUCUAACGGCCCUCACCCUGUGUGAGGACGUGUGGGCGGUCGCACUGUGUGAGGACGGACGUAUUAGCCUCACUGAUAUCAUCUCUGGGGAGGGGAGGAGUGUGGUGGGCGGGGAAAGAGUCACUGCUAUCACCACGGCAAGAGUUGAAUGGUUCAAGUAUCUGUUGAUAGGUACCCAAUCUGGACAGGUGGUGGUGAGGGACUGGGUCUCCAUGGAAACAAGUCGUGUCCUACAGCUGCCCAAUGAGGAAGAGCCUGUACUAGCCAUUGCAGCUGGUCAUAAGGUGGUGGCUGCCUACAAACAUAUGGGGUUGGUUGUGUGGGACAUUCUCUCCGGCUCGUACCUCUACUCCCUGACAGGGCAAGAGGGCGUGGCCCAUACCUGCACUCUAGCGGACCAAGGAAACCUCCUUGUUACCGGUGGCGACGAUCAACGUGUGCGGAUAUGGGACCUCAAGAGAUCAGGUGAUAACAAGACCACCACUCAACACAAAGGUGACGUCUUGUCAAUAGCACUCUCUCCGUGUUGUAACUAUGGCCUGUCUGCUGGGCUGGACUCCAUGGUGAUCAUCUACGAACUGACAACGAUGAGAAUUAUGAAGAAAUUACGAGCCGAGGCUGUAUCAAAAGUCUAUGCUAUGAGAGACGGGAAACAUUUUCUGACCAGCUCGAGUGACGGAUGUGUACAGCUUUGGGACGGAGAGAGAGGGGAGGUGGUGCAGGAGUUCAGUUGUUAUGACGACGGUGUAACGUGUGUCGAUGUCACGAUGGAUGCAGAGUUAUUGGUGGUCGGUGGAGAAAGUGGGAAAUUGACAUUUUGGGGUGUGGCCAGCGGAGAGAAACUUAAGACUUUGAGUAGCCAUAGCGAUAGUGUUGUGUUUGUCUCAUUUGCGAAAGGAACUGAUUUCAACUACAUUCUGUCAACUUGUCGGUCUGGUGAAGUUUGUGUUAGAAACUUCCUCACUGGAAAAGUUGUUCUACAAACUCAUAUCAACUCUUCUGAAAUCACGUGUUCUGCUGUUAGUCCGAACGCUGCGCUCCUAGCUAUGGGCUGUGAGGACACCACCUGUCGCAUCAUCAGCAUCCCCUCAGGGCAAAGACUCGUAACACUAACCGGGCACAAACUAGCCGUGACGUCAGUGAGCUUCUUAUCAAACAACACACAAUGUCUGACAGGCUCCCUGGACAAAACGAUACGCCUGUUCAAUACCAGCACUGGAGAAUGUUGUACUGUCUUCCAAACUGACCUCCCGAUCACUUGUAUUAGUAGUGACAGCCGAGGGGAGAUGAUAAUGUACGGCACUGUUGGGGGGUGGGUGUCGAUGGCCUAUCACCAAUUCAGUGCGAGCGGAGUCAACCCUAUCGUAAAAGAAUUGAAAGGAAUAGCCAGUUCCUCUAUGAGCUCGGCGAGCACGGAAAGCAAGACCAGCGUUGGUAGCCAAGGAACAGAGAAUGCCGCUAGCGAGAUUUUGGAAGCUGAAGAGCAAUAUGUGUAUCCAAUGGACGAGAAGGCAGCUGUAUCUACUGCGGAAUCUGCGGAUUAUCCAAUCGACGUGGUGAUUGAAGUUGUCAAUGGCAACAGGAAUGAAAGUCUCUCAUCUUCCGAGAACUCCGGUAAAAUUGAAUGGCAGAAAAAUAACAUUUUACAAGUCACUACUACUGAAGAUUUUUCUAGUGCUCCCUUGAAUGAUACUGACAAACUCAGUGCAAGCAGCAAGCAGGCGAUGGAGGGCAUGCAAGAACAUGAACAUUCUAGUAGGACUGACAGCGUACAUGUAGUAAAGUCAUCAGCUUGUCUGGUUUUGUGAUUUUGAUUGUUCGUGCAUGAAAUGUGUUUAGCAUGCAGUGUUGUGUGUGUAUGAAAACA